UUGAUUGAAAGACACAGAGCGCACAUGGAUCGUCAGUGAGUCGGUUUAUCCGUCGCCUCUCUUAUCUCCUAGUAAGACAACAUCAACAAGCACUGAAAGCGUAGAAAAAGGAAAUCUAAUACUACGGAAACAAGAAGCUGAUUAUUUGUGAGAAGAAAGGAUUGUAUUGAUCUCGUAAAUGAAUGCCUUAGACUUACGAGUGACUAAGUGACUGUCGUAACAGAUGAACGACUUCGUGGUUUAAUUGAAAAACAAGCGUGCUGCAUUCUUCUUACGAGGGAUCGGUAUAUCAAAUAAUAAUACAAAGAGACAGGCUUAUUCUUUAGUUUCAAACAUGUUGUCAGCUCGACGGCCGCCAUCUAAGUCAUUUUCAGGCACAGCUCCUUCGUUGGAUCGAAUCAAGGACGAACGCUAUGGUCACAUCAAGGCGCGCAAAUGUUCUGAAGCAUUUCUAGUGACUGCGGAGUCAAGCAGAUGGUCAAGAAAAAAUUGCGAUAGCAAAACACCUCUUAGACGGACUAACUCGCUACCAGACUGCAAGGAAAUGGAUGUUCUGUUUAAAAAUUCAAGUAAAAUUGGAAGGGACAACAACAGCAAUAACUUUGUACCGGUCAAGAGAACCAGGAGUGUGUCAUUUGCUCCUGAAAUUCUUCUGUUCAAUGCAGUGGUUGAAAAUGAUGUCUCGGAGCUCGAGAGUUUGAUUCACAAACACAACGUGAAUGUUAACCACACUAGCCCUUGUGGUCUUACUGCUAUACACUAUGCUGCUCUAGAAGGGGGACUUGAGUGCCUUAAGGUUUUGAUUGAUAAUGGAGCAUCUAUCCAUGUUCAUGACUCACAAGGUUGUUCACCCUUGGAUUUUGCUGUUCGUGGAGGACACUUUGACUGCGCGGCUUACCUGAUCAAAGCAGGAGCCGAAAUCACUAAAAUCAUCAAUGGAAUGAAUUAAAAGAAUAAGGAUGGAUCGAUGUCUUAAGAUAAGAGACAUUAUUGAUUCAAAUCAGUUGAACUGCUUCGAGUUCUGUGAUAAACAAACUGGUUCGAAUGGAAUGAGAAGGGAAUAUAAGGUGAGCCUUGGCAACGCAAGCCAUGGAACAUAAACCCGCGGGAAAAAAACACAAACAAUAUGGAUUGUGUAGCUAACAGAAGCUUGACAGUUCAUGCACGAAGAGUUAAUAAUAUAUUAUAUCAAAGGUGAUUCAUUACAGCUCUAUUUUAAUUUUUUUGAAUUUUUUUUUUCUCGCACGUGCGGGUCUAGUGAAAUUAGUUAUUAAUGAGAAUAUUGAAUGGUAAACAAGCGCUGAGGAAAUAUAGAAAGAAUGAAAACUAUAGUCCUUGAUGGAUAGUGUUAAGCCAACAGUGGAUUAAUCAAUGUUGAUGAUUCCUUUAAAACUAAUAAGCAUGGUAAACACGCUAAAAACAACCUCAAAAUCAACAUGAACGAUUUUCAUACAUUUUCUCUGCGCGACAACGUACUAAAAGCAGAAUGGAUUUCUGAUCAUUGCUCAUUUUGUU